AAGAUGGCGGUGUGGUGAGUGCGGUCUUCAGUCUUCUCCGUGUCACCAAGAGAAAAAUCCAGGAACAGCAAGUAGCACCAACUCUUUGAGUCGCACAGUGAGACUGACGGCAGCAAAAUGCCGCAGAACGAAUAUAUCGAAUUACAUCGUAAGCGAUAUGGCUAUCGCUUGGACCACCAUGAGAAGAAAAGGAAGAAGGAGAGCCGUGAAGCUCACGAGCGAUCCCACAAAGCCAAGAAAAUGAUUGGUCUGAAAGCCAAAUUGUACCACAAACAACGCCAUUCAGAAAAAAUACAGAUGAAGAAGACCCUGAAAAUGCACGAACAGAGAAACACAAAACAGAAGAAUGAUGAGAAAACACCAGAAGGUGCAGUACCAGCCUAUCUGCUCGACAGAGAGGGUCAAUCCCGUGCUAAAGUCUUAUCUAACAUGAUCAAACAAAAGAGAAAAGAAAAAGCUGGAAAAUGGGAAGUACCUUUGCCUAAAGUCCGUGCCCAAGGAGAAACUGAAGUUCUGAAAGUUCUCCGCACAGGUAAACGGAAGAAGAAAGCUUGGAAGAGAAUGGUUACUAAAGUCUGCUUUGUUGGUGAUGGAUUCACCAGGAAACCUCCUAAAUAUGAAAGAUUCAUUAGACCUAUGGGUUUACGUUUUAAGAAAGCGCAUGUGACCCAUCCAGAGCUCAAGGCCACUUUCUGUUUACCUAUACUUGGUGUUAAGAAGAACCCGUCGUCACCUUUAUAUACAACAUUGGGGGUUAUUACUAAAGGUACUGUCAUUGAAGUAAAUGUAAGUGAGCUUGGCUUAGUCACACAAGGAGGCAAAGUUGUCUGGGGUAAAUAUGCACAAGUAACAAAUAAUCCAGAAAAUGAUGGCUGUAUUAAUGCAGUCCUGUUAGUUUAAAUCAAAAGAACACAAAACUAUGACAUGAAGGUUAAACGGACUUGAGCAUGUCAACCUUUAUUCUGUUACCAAAUCAAAUUGGAAGAUCAUAAUUGUUAAGACCACCUGACCAUGUUUGAUCUUUCCUUCUGGAUCUUGAAUCAAAACAGCAUUUUGUACUUCUGUAUUUUUGUUAUUUAUAAAUCACAUUAAAAAAUAAUGAAAGUCAAGAAAGAAUAAACAACAGUUUUUCAAUUUUUUUCAUAUGUUCUGGUAACACUGAAAUUAAGAAAUAGCUAGUGUGGUAUAGUCAUCCUGAUACCAGUGACAAGCUUACACUCUGGGACUUGAGUGCAGGCUAACACUUCAGUGUAGUAUUCAAACUGUUGCAUUAGUAAUAGUUUUUUCUGCUGAAGCAUCAAAGUGAUGGCAAGUUGCCGAUGGCCUAAGUAACUUGGUCCAACAUAAAAUUGGCUAAACAGUUUAUGCAAAUAAAGCCUGAUGGAAUGCAAAGAGGCCAAGGUUACCAUAGGUUAAAAGUAAACAAGGAUUGGACCAGACCUGUAUUGCAAAUUGAACAGUGGGCAAGUCAUUGUGACCCGAAACCCAUUAAGAGGUUCUAAGCAAGUUCAAUUGAGAGAGACAUUACGUUUGUGUAUUCCCCUGUUUUGGCCAGUCCCCUCGCACCAUGGAGUAAGCAAAUCUUGGAAAGGGGAUGGGUACACCGAGGAUGACCUGACUUAAACCCAUUGGGUUCUGUAACCCCAUUGGCUGAAGUUCUUCCUAUGUCUGCAUGGGUGCUCCAGUUUCUUCCCACAAGUCCAGCAAUGUGCAGGUUAGUGAAUUGGUCAUGCUAAAAUGCCCCAUAGAGUCCAGGGAUGCGCAGAUUAGGCGGAUAGCUGUGGUAGAUGCAGGAUUAAGGAGAUCAGGUGUGAAUGGGUCUGGGUGGGAUACUCUUCGGAGGGUCAGUGCAAACCCAAUGGGCCAAAUGGCCUCUGUCUGCACUGUCGGGAUUCUAUGAUUCAAACAUUUGAGAAGGGCUGAGAAAGUGGGGUAAAAAGGGCCACCUGGUGGCCAUUUCCUCAGUGAAGACUCCGCUGGUGAAGACUCUGUGCGAGACCACCUUUGUACUAAGAAGACCCUGAAUGCCCAGUCGACAGAAAUCCGUGAAUUGCAUCCAGCAGCCCAGUCAAGUUCACCAGAUCAGGUCGUAUGUGUUUUCAAGCAGUCAGCCCAGUUUUGGAAAAGUUAACUUGAUUGUGUAAGAGUUGUUUCUUUAACUUGCAAGCGUUUUAAUAAAACUAAGUUUGAACCACA